AAAAAAUCCGAUAAAUACACCGCCUCAUCUCAAAAAAAAAUCUCUCUCUCUCUUGCAUCUUCAGGGAUCAGGAACAAAACCGAAAUCAACUCAACCCUCUUUCUCUCUCCUCUAGGGUUAUCCGUUAUCUUUAGGGUUUCCUUUGUUCCUCCAACACAAACAACAAUGAUGCAACAACCACCAGCAGGCGUAGUUCCACCGCCGAUGCCACCAACUAUCGAUCCAAACCAACAACAACCUCCAACUCAAUACGGGCAACCACCGCAACAACAACCUUGGAUGAUGAUGGCACCACCACCGCAACCUCAACCUCAACAAUCUCCUUAUCCUCCUCAGAUGUGGCCUCCUCAGCCUCACCAACAACAACCACAACAACCUCAACCUCAACAGUAUACUAUGCCUACUACUACUGCUGCUGCUCCUUCUACUCCUGACGAGAUUCGAUCUCUUUGGAUCGGUGAUUUGCAGUAUUGGAUGGAUGAGAAUUAUGUUUUCUCUUGUUUUGCUACUUCUGGAGAGGUUGUAUCUGUGAAGAUUAUUCGCAAUAAGCAAACUAAUCUCUCAGAAGGUUAUGGAUUUGUAGAAUUUGUUAACCGUGCUGCAGCUGAGAGGACAUUAGCUACAUACAAUGGUACAGUGAUGCCGCAAACCGAGCAAGCUUUCAGACUUAACUGGGCAAGUCUUGGUGCUGGUCAGAGGCGGCAAGAUGACUCGACUGACUAUACAGUUUUUGUUGGGGAUUUAGCAGCUGAUGUUACAGAUGUCAUGCUCCAAGAUGCAUUCCGUACUCAUUAUUCUUCUGUUAAGGGAGCUAAGGUUAUCACUGAUCAUAUUACUAACCGUUCUAAAGGGUAUGGAUUUGUGAGGUUUGGGGAUGAAGGUGAGCAACAACGUGCAAUGACCGAAAUGAAUGGAGUUGUCUUGUCAACUAGGCCCAUGAGGACUGGCCCAGCUGCCAACAAGAAACCUGCUACUGGUCAGCCGAAAGCUUCUUAUCAGAAUACACAGGGAAAUCCAGGCGAAAAUGAUCCAAAUAACACAACUAUAUUUGUUGGCGGUCUAGACCCCAAUGUUUCAGAUGAGCAGUUAAGGCAAGUCUUUAGCCCAUAUGGUGAGUUGGUUCAUGUAAAAAUUCCAAUGGGCAAGGGUUGUGGAUUUGUGCAGUUCGGUAGCAGAGCUGCUGCCGAGCAAGCAUUGGCAGCAUUGAAUGGAGUCCAGAUAGGAUCGCAGAAUGUUAGACUUUCAUGGGGCCGUAGUCCAUCAGCCAAGCAGGGACAACCUGGCCAGGCUCAGUGGAAUGGUGGAUAUUAUGGCUAUCCUCAGGGAUACGAUGCCUAUGGAUAUGCUGCAGCACCUCAGGAUCCUAACAUGUAUUAUGCUAAUUAUGCUGCUGGAUAUGGAAAUUACCAGCAAACACAGCAGUGAUUUCUUGAUGCUGGCUGUGAAGUCAAGGACGACUGCAGUUGACGUUGAACUUCAUGAUAUUUUUAGUAGAUGAGUUUCUUGCGAUCACAUAUGUAUCUGAUUCUAGCCUGUCUUUACCCCCUCCCCUCCUAGGGGUUCAUCUUUUUUCUUUCUUUCUUGGUGCCUUGAGAACAAACCUUCCUGUGUGCCGGCAGAUAGAUUUCCGACACUAGUGUUGCUCUGGAUUAGUGGUGUUCGUUGCAAAUCUCUCAUCUCCUGGAUUCUAAUAACUAUUUUCCUGUCUUAUGUUUGGUAAAUGCCUGAUGUAUGCUAUUCUUAUGCUAUUGAAUAGAAUUUUAUAUUAUGCGACAA